UUCCCCGCGGCAGGAAGUGCGGGUCUGAGCCGCCCCUGCUCGGCGCCCGCCCGCCCGCGCGGCUCCGGAGACGCUCCCUUCCUUAGAGGCCAUCUCACCUCCGUCCACUGGUCCCCGGCUCUCCAGGCUCCCCCGCUCUGCGGGGCGGGAGUCAGGGGGCCACGAGUUCCGCCAGUGCCAAAGGACAGGCGGGCCGCCCCUCGGGCAGGUGAUCGGUUCCCCGCCCCAGCCCCUGCGUGAACGUAACCCUUGGUCUCCUUCUUGGGGGUUCGCCCGUCGUCACCAAGGUUGUCACGAUGGUGUCCUGGAUGAUCUGUCGCCUGGUGGUGCUGGUGUUUGGGAUGCUGUACCCAGCUUACGCUUCAUACAAGGCUGUGAAGAGCAAGAACAUUCGGGAAUAUGUCCGGUGGAUGAUGUACUGGAUCGUCUUUGCAAUCUUCAUGGCUGCAGAGACAUUCACCGACGUCUUCAUCUCCUGGUUCCCUUUCUACUAUGAGAUCAAGAUGGCCUUUGUGCUGUGGCUGCUCUCGCCAUACACCAAGGGAGCCAGCCUGCUCUACCGGAAGUUUGUUCACCCAUCCUUGUCCCGCCAUGAGAAGGAGAUCGACGCAUGCAUCGUGCAGGCCAAGGAACGCAGCUACGAGACUGUGCUCAGCUUGGGGAAGCGGAGCCUCAACAUUGCCGCCUCGGCUGCUGUGCAGGCUGCCACCAAGAGUCAGGGUGCCCUGGCUGGCAGGCUGCGCAGCUUCUCCAUGCAGGACCUACGGUCCAUCCCUGACACCCCUGCCCCCACCUAUCAGGACCCUCUCUACCUGGAGGACCAGAUACCCCGAAGGAGGCCGCCUAUUGGGUACCAGGCAGGUGGCCUGCAGGACAGUGACACUGAGGACGGGUGUUGGUCAGACAACGAGGUAGCAGCUCCCCCACCUGCCCGAGCCCGGGAUAAGCCCCUGGGCCGCAGCCAGAGCCUGAGAGUGGUUAAGAGAAAGCUCCUCGUUCGAGAGGGGACCUCACGCUCCCUGAAGGUUCGGACUCGGAAAAAGACCCUGCCCUCAGACAUGGACAGCUAGGGUCUGCAGAUUCAAGCCAUCUUACCUCUGGCCUGCAGGGCACCCUCUGGCUACCUGGGCUCUGUCUGCCCCUUCUGGCCCCUGUAAGGGCCUGAAGGCCAGGGGGCAUGGGGCUUGUGUGGGGGUGAACCCACAUUGUAACAAAGGAGGCCAAGCCCAGGGGCCUAUUUAUUGCCUUCCUCAACUCUUCUGCCUUCGGACUGGGACCAGAGCCCCCUGGGGCCCUGCAGGUGAAACCAAAAGUCUACCCAGCUGCGCUCAUUCCUUCCUGUCCUCCAGAGUACUUGACCGCCUUUUCCAAGGCCUGAUGCGUGCGUUCUGGCUGUGUGUCUUGUGUUGGUGGAUGAAGUCAGGCUUAUGAACGUUUUUGAUAAAUAAAUGUGGAAAGAUA